AAACUGUUAUGAAAACGUGCGUUUUUAACUAAAUACAUUUAAAGGUGUUGGUUUUUGUAUGAAUUUUUUAUACAAUCAAAAACGACGUAAACGUGUAUCAAACUCAUGUUCAAUUGAACCGCGUUGUGUUCAGUUUUUGGUUGAAAAAGAAAGUCAAAUUUUCUGUUUCCAAAUGAAGAGUUUCCAAAUUUUUGUCAAUAGAUCAGCUAUUUUAUUAUAAUUCAUUCAUUACUCUAUAGUUGAAUAACUCACUAUGACCCUCUCAGAUCGCAGUCGAUCUAAGCUCUCCCUUUUAAAGCAAAUUACCGACGAAAUUUUGGCCGAUGACGAGUUAAAUCAAUCAGCGGCUAGUGGAGUCCCAGCUUUGCCUUUAUCCGUAAGCGAAAUUGAAGAAAGCCAUCGUCAAGUUGCGCGCUCUGCUGCUUGGGAUCCUUUUGAAAGCGAUGAAGACUGGGAACAAGUGGUUCACACAGGAGCGAGUGCUGACGUAAUCGCUGAUGUCAUAGCUAAUCUGAUUGAGAAAGGAGAAAAAGCAUGUGAACAACUGUCGAGCAAAAGUGGGCAGUUUUGGGGGAAACUGGAGGACGCGGAGGAACGGGCGAGGUACUUGUUGGCGAAGAGACACAGAAUAAGGGCUAAGAUGGAGUACAUGGAAGAUAUGGUGAGCUACGGCGUGGAUGAUCUGAGUUUUUUCCAGGGACGAGAUGAGAUGAACUAUGGAAUCACGAUGCUGAAACUGGAGGAACAACUCAAUCAGGUUAACAGUCAGUUGAAGAACUAUCGCAUCAACAUGUCUAACAUGGAACACAGUAUAGACGCAGCUCAGCGUAGUGCUAAAAUGGUUCUAGUCCAAAUGCUCAAAUUCAUCAAAACUCCAAAUGAUCAUCCUAUGACAACAAAUGUACACAUAGAGAAGCAGCAACUAGUGCCUGUGUUCGCUAAUUUAGUAGCAUCAUUGUUCCGAACGACGCGAACCGAGUUCGAUAUUCACACGUGCAGGGUUGUGGACGGAGGAAUUGGGAUCUUCCUGAACAAAUCGGGAAGUAUGCAUACCAUUCUCCAUGUGAGGAAUGACAACAUCUUUGCAUCUGGAGCUGCGUCAGAUAUUUUGUUCAAACUAAUAGGUCAUUGCGUGUGUUUUGGAGCUAAAAGGGGGAUUUUGUUCACAACAGAGCAGCAGACAACAUUGAAUACGGACUGCUACAAAAUCAUUCAGUCGGCAAUAGAUCGGGAUGUUCAAAUUAUUUGUGUGUUCAUUGAAGAAUUUGCCAAAGAAUUGCCUUCAGAUUCAGCUGUUGUGAAGGAAUUGUUUAAAACAUUCAAACACUUUCUCGGUCAUCCAGUGUUCAAGGUUCCGGUCAUAAGAAGCGCACCACCAAAGCCAAAACCGAUACCGAAGCUCAAGAAAAAGCAGCCCAAACCGAUUGAACCUCCUCCACCGCCACCUCCAAAACCAGCUCCGACCCCACCACCUCCGGUAGUUAAAAAGAAAAAACCGAUAAAACCAAAACCGGCCCCGAAAAAGGAAACCCCUCCUCCAACACCGCCUCCUCCGGUGCCGAAACCUGUUGAGAAAAAGCCACCGAAACCCGUUGAGAAAGUGGUUAAACGAAAACCUUCGGUAACUCCAAAACCGAAAGAAGAACCACCGAAGAAAUCAGUAAUGGAGCGAUUAAAUCCGACCGCGCCUAAAGACCCGCCCGAAUUUACAGACGAGUUCGCUGAUAAACCGUGUCACGGGACUGUCAAAUGGAUUCAACCAUUUGACUCGGAAACUGAUGCCAAGGCCUUGCGAAAAGCUAUGAAAGGCUUCGGAACGGACGAAAAAGCGAUCUAUAACAUAUUAUGUUAUCGGGCCAAUGAGCAACGACAAGCUAUCGCUUUGAAGUACAAAUCGGCGUUCGGAAGAGAUUUAGUUGAAGAUUUGAAAAGCGAGCUGAGUGCUAAUUUUGAGGAUAUUAUUGUUGGACUGAUGAAGCCGAUCGCGGAAUAUGACGCGUGCGAGUUGAAAAAAGCAACGAAAGGUUUAGGUACCGACGAUAGUUGUCUGAUUGAGAUUCUCUGUACAAGAGGCGACAAGGAGAAAUCAGAGAUCAAAGAAAUAUACAAAACGUUGUUCAAGAAGAGCCUGGAAGAUGAUGUAAUCGGAGAUACGUCUGGAAACUUCAAGAAGCUCCUGGUGGCGAUGAUAAAUGCGAAGCGAGAAACCACCCAGACUGUGGAUCUCUCGAAGGCAAAAGAAGACGCCAAGAUCCUAUAUGACGCUGGAGAGGCGAAAUGGGGAACAAACGAAGAGGCAUUUAUAACUAUUUUUGCCACGAGAAGUCCGCCUUACCUUAGAGCAGUCUUCUCACAGUACAAGGGGCUGGCCAACAAGACGAUAGUCGAUGCCUUGAAAUCUGAAAUGAGUGGAAACUUUGGAAAGUCUCUGAAAACACUAGUCGCCGUUAUAGAAGACCGCUGCACGUAUUUCGCGGAGAAGCUGUACAAGUCUAUGAAAGGACUAGGAACGAAAGAUUCAGACUUGGUUAGAAUUGUGACCUCAAGAUGUGAGUUGGACAUGGUUGAAAUCAAAGAAGCUUAUCAAGCAAAGUAUAACGACUCUCUAGAGAACAUGAUUCGCGGGGAUACCUCAGGUGAUUACAGAGCUACUCUAUUGGCUCUAAUAUCUGACCAAUCAGGUGUCAACGAGGGUGUGUCAAUGGAACCGGACGAAUGGGUUGAUGCCUCGCAGUACGAGGAUCACCAGGAAUAUUCAGGUACUGUGACAGAGUACGAAAACUUCGAUGCAGAGCAAGACGCAACGUUUUUGCGAAAGGCGAUGAAAGGGCUGGGAACUGAUGAAAGUAUGAUUAUUGGAAUCUUAUGCUUGCGAAAUAACAAGCAACGUCAAGAUAUAGCUUCGAAAUUCAAGACGCUCUACGGACGAGAUUUGAUCGAAGACUUGAAGAGUGAAUUGUCUGGGGACAUUGAGAACUUUAUGGUUGGAUUAAUGAGAACAGAAGCUGAUUACGAUGCAAGUGAGAUCAAACGAGCUGUUAAGGGUCUGGGAACCGAUGAUGAUGCUUUGGUCGAGAUUCUCUGUUCAAGAACAAACGCCGAAAUUGAUGCUAUGAAAGAAGCAUACGAAAAGUUGUACCAAACAACAAUGGAGAAAGAUGUUAAAGGGGAUACUAGUGGAGAUUACCAAGCUCUAAUGAUCUCAAUGGUUACUUCAGUUCGCGAGGAGGGUCCUCAAAUUAAUUUGGCUCAAGUAAGAAGAGACGCAAAGGCCUUACUGGAUGCAGGAGAACUAAAGCGAGGGACAGACGAAGAAGAAUUCAAUCUAGUUCUGGCUACUCGAUCAUUUCCUCACUUAAAGGCUAUGUUUGACGAAUAUAGGAAACUGGCGAACAAAGACUUGAGCGAAUCCGUGUCCUCAGAGAUGUCCGGAAACUUCAAAAGUGGACUGAAAACUAUCAUCAAGUGUGUAUGUGGGCGAUCAAAUUAUUUCGCUGAAGUAAUCUACAAGAGCAUGAAAGGCUUGGGAACCGACGAUCAGACGCUGGCGCGUGCAGUCAUAAGUCGAAGCGAGAAAGAUUUGGUUCAGAUCAAAGAAGCUUUUCAAGCGGCCUAUAGCAAAACAAUGGAAGAAUGGGUGAAAGACGAUACGGGCGGAGAUUUCCAGGCCGCUUUGUUGGCAGUUGUUGCUGGAGAGUUGCCGAAAGAUUUCAAGGAGCCAGAGGUUGAGCCUGUUGAUCCGCCAGAAUGGAUCGAUGCUGCGCCGUACAAGCUGGAAUACACCCAAACACCGGUAAUCAAAGAAGCUACUGGAGCGGAUUUGGACAAAGAUGUCCAGACGUUGCGAAAGGCUAUGAAGGGUUUCGGAACUGACGAGGACGCAAUUAUAGGCGUAGUAUGUGCAAGGAAUAAUGCUCAAAGACAAGUGCUAAAGGAGAAAUUCAAACAAGCAUUUGGAAGAGAUCUUCUGAAGGACCUGGAGAGUGAAUUAAGUGGCAAAUUGGAAACAAUUAUUCUAGGAUUGAUGGAGUCGAACAUUCAUUUCGACGCUCAACAGAUCAAAAAAGCUGUGAAAGGAUUCGGAACCGACGAUGAUUGCUUGGUCGAGAUUCUCUGCACAAGAACGAAUGAAGAAUUAUCAGCUAUCAAAACAGCUUAUCAAGCAAUGUUUAACAAGUCGAUGGAAGCUGAUGUCAAAGGUGACACUUCCGGAACAUUCCAGAAACUUCUAGUCUCUUUGAUGAACGCAGCCAGAGAUGCCGAGCCGGAUCAGCUGGACAAAUCAAAGUGUAAACGGGACGCAAAGAUUUUGUUCGACAGUGGAGAAGGAAAGCUGGGCACAAAUGAGGAAGAGUUUGUCAAGAUUCUGGCUACGAGAUCUUACGCGCAUCUGAGAUGUGUGUUUGAGGAGUACAAAGCCUUCUCAGGUGGAAAAGAUUUGAGUGAUUCAGUUUCUUCAGAGUUUUCUGGUGACAUCAAGAACGGACUGAAGACAAUUGUGGCGUGUAUCAAGAACAGACAAGAGCAUUUCGCCAAAACUCUCCAUAAAGCUAUGAAGGGACUGGGAACAAAUGACAAAGUGUUGAUGCGAGUUGUUAUUUCCCGAGCAGAAGUUGACCUCGUAGAGAUUAAAGACAAAUUCCAGUCAAUUGCAAACGAGCCACUAGCUAAAAUGGUCGAAGGCGAAACUAGUGGCGACUACAAGAAAGCUAUGCUCACGAUCAUCAGUGGAAACUAAAUUUGAGGAGAAGUUAAUAUUCUGGAAUUGGCAAAUUCUAUUACACUGAAAUUUCGAAAUCUAUCCAUUGUUUGUUAAAUAUAAAAUUUACG